CUACCUGAUCGUGUCGCUGGCCGUUGCAGACCUGAUGGUGGCCUGUCUCGUCAUGCCGCUCGGCGCCGUCUACCAGAUCAGCAAGGGCUGGAUCCUGGGCCCGGAGCUGUGCGACAUGUGGACGUCGAGCGACGUGCUCUGCUGCACAGCGUCCAUCUUGCACCUGGUGGCCAUCGCGGUGGACCGCUACUGGGCUGUCACCAACGUCGACUACAUCCACACGCGCAACUCGUCGCGCAUCGGCAUCAUGAUCAUCGUAGUCUGGGCCGUCGCGCUCAUCGUGUCGCUGGCACCGCAGUUCGGGUGGAAGGACCCGGAGUACCUGGACCGCAUCAACGUGCAGCAGCGCUGCCUGGUGAGCCAGGACGUGGCAUACCAGAUCUUCGCGACGUGCUCCACGUUCUACGUGCCGCUGCUCGUCAUCCUGGUGCUCUACUGGAAGAUAUUCCAGACGGCGCGCAAGAGGAUACACCGUCGACGCCAGCAGCGGCCGCUGGCGCCCUCAGUCAUUGUUACUGUGGGACUCACGUCCGUGACCGUACACAGGCCGGACAAGGCAUCGGCUGCUGCGGCCCGGCCGCCAGCGACGCCGGGGGCGGAGAGCCGUCCGCCGUCCCUGUCGCUGCCGUCUCCCGGCCCCACCGCCGCCCCCGUGCCGGCCUCACUGCUGCCCGGCGCCGCCUCCGCCCGCACGGGACCCACCGUCAAGUUCCUGUCCAAGCGCCGCUUCCGCCGCCUGCGCGCCAGCAAGAAGUCGUCCGCCGCCGAGGCGCUCGUGUCGUCUCUCGCACUCGUCGAGGGGCAGUCCACCGCCUCGGCAGAAGCUAUCAGCGAUGACGCGACCAGUGGCGUCCCUGCCACCACAUCGUCGCCCACGGACGCGUGCGGCGACAGCACGGCCACCCUGGACGGCAGCGCGCCCGCCCUGGAAACGACGGCGUUCACCAUCAGCAAGGCGGUAGAGCAGCGCAGCGCCGCGGCCGCCAACGCAGGGGUGGCGGUGGGGGCGGGGUUGGCCGCCGCCUCCAACAGCGUGUCGCCCGAGAAGUCGUCCACGCCCACCACCACCAACAACGGCUCUGCCAGCCACCAGAGCCACAUGAGCGACAUGUCGCGCUCCGAGAUCCUGCACAAGGACGGCGGGCCAGCUGCGGCCGCCUCGACGCCGCGCGCCAAGAAGGAGAGCCUCGAGGCGAAGCGCGAACGCAAGGCAGCGAAGACGCUGGCCAUCAUCACGGGCGCCUUCGUCGUCUGCUGGCUGCCCUUCUUCAUUAUGGCGCUGCUCAUGCCGCUCUGCGACACCUGCGUCAUCAGCGAGGACCUGUCCAGCUUCUUCCUGUGGCUUGGCUACUUCAACUCCACCCUGAACCCCGUCAUUUACACCAUCUUCAGCCCCGAGUUUCGGCAGGCCUUCAAGCGCAUCCUGUGCGGUGCCGGCAGCCGACGCUCCAAGUUUCGGGCCGGCAAGCUCAGAUAA